UUGUGAGCUUUAUCCGGAAGUAAAUGCCACGUCCGUUUUUACACGGUUUACCGGCAAAGUGGCAUAAAAACUGACGAUAUUUAAAAAUUUAGGCACACUAUUAAAAAUUGAACGCUACAAAGAUGGUGUCUGUCAUCAACUCCAUAGAUACUUCUCAUGAGGAUAUGAUUCAUGAUGCUCAGUUGGAUUACUAUGGAACAAAGCUAGCAACCUGCUCAUCAGACAGAUCGAUCAAGAUCUUUGACGUCAAGGGGGGACAACAGACCCUUGUUACAGAACUUAGAGGACAUGAUGGACCUGUUUGGCAGCUUGCUUGGGCCCACCCCAUGUUUGGGAAUCUAAUCGCAUCCUGUAGCUACGACAGAAAAGUCAUCAUCUGGAAGGAAACAAACGGAUCAUGGGGGAAACUUUACGAGUAUCAGAACCACGAUUCCUCUGUAAACUCAGUGAACUUUGCCCCCCACGAGUUUGGACUUCUGCUGGCUUGCGGGAGUUCCGAUGGAUCAAUCUCCAUCAUUUCCAGCACUGGGGAUGGAACGUGGGAUGCCAAGAAAAUUCCUAAUGCUCAUUCUAUUGGUUGUAAUGCAGUAAGCUGGGCCCCGCCGAUCAAUCCUGGAGAUCUAUUGGACCCUUCAGGUCGACAUCAGCCAAUCAAACAGCUUGUAUCUGGAGGAUGUGACAACCUAGUAAAAAUUUGGAAAGAGGAGGAUGGUCAGUGGAAGGAGGACCAGAAGCUUGAAGGUCACAGCGACUGGGUCAGGGACGUUGCCUGGGCGCCCAGUAUAGGUCUGCCCAAAAGUAUCAUAGCAAGCUGUUCACAGGAUUUGAGAGUGAUAAUCUGGACCAACGACGGUAAUGGUUGGACACAGAAAGUGUUAAACAAGUUCAAUGACGUCAUCUGGCACAUCAGCUGGUCCAUCACGGGGAACAUCCUAGCAACGUCAGGGGGUGACAACAAGGUCAGCCUUUGGAAAGAGACAUUGAAUGGAGACUGGGUGUGUAUCAGUGAUGUGAACAAAGGUCAAGGACAAAUUUCAGACGGUCAAAGGUCAUUGUCAUAGUUACCAACCGCAAAAUUAUAUACAGUUUUCAAUGUUUUUAUUGUGUUUUGCAAUAUGAAGAAUUCUGGAAACGCUUUGAAUUAUGGGAAUGAAGAGUCUAAGUCUAGUACAAGUUCUAGUACAAGUUAAGAAAAAGCUGAAACAAAGGUUUCUGUGUUUGUUAUUACCCUGAAUCUGCAAAGUGAAAGUGAAUAAAGCCUUUUAGUUAAGUUCAUACAGAAAUAAAAGAUUUAUAUGAUGAAAGCUUUUUGUAACUUCAUUUUACAUUUCCUGAUUUGAUGCAGCCAUUUUGAUUUCAUUUAUGAACCAUUACUAAAGUUUUGUGCAUUAUAAUUAUUAUGAAUAUUGUUUAUAUUUGAAAUAAGACAGUUCCUAAACUUGAAGCAGUAAAUUGUGAAACAACAGGAUUAUGAUUGCAAGCUGCUGUUAGUAUAAUUCAGUGAUGAUGUUCUGUAUCGUAAUAAUGUAAUAUAAUAAUGUAAUGAGUGAGAGAUUGAUGUAGUGAAGAGUGAAAGAUAGGUGAAUAAAUGUGACAAAUUUGA